UUGCCUCAUCUUUGAACAUAGCCCAAAAGGGACACGGAAAAGAAACGUGAAAAUCUCUUUUUCCUUUCUCAAAACUUCGGCCUUUCGAAUCAAGCCCUCAAUCGUCAUGGACCAGGAACAACAGGGUCUGUCCUUGCAGGACAUAUCUGGUCCCGGCGACGAUGACUUUUCCAACUUCUUCGCCUAUGGUGGCCCCUUUGCCGAUUUAGACUCGCACGGGUCAAGUGACCAGCAACCUCCUCCCCGUUCGCUGUCCGUCUCCAUGCCCGCUUCCACCGCACCUCCUACCCAGGAUCAGUGGCUUCAAAUGGACACCACCGCCUUCGAUUCCGUCAUGGGCGAUCUCCCCGUCGACCUCGCUCCCCAUGCCCACCAGUCACCGUCCAAUGGGCCCGCCCCGGCGUCGUACGCCCACGCCCCCAUCGCCCCGGCCUUCUACUCCCAGAAGCCUUCGCUUCCCCAGGUCUUUCACCAGCAAUUGACACCCGACGUCCAACCCCAGCUACAUCCUUCCUCGCAGCUCUCCUCGCAACCCUACAUUCCCCUGGGCCAGACCGUUAUUCCCCCGACUCCGAACUCCAUCGAGCUCCAGGGUAACGCGGCCACGUACCCGCGGCGCAUCGAUGACAACCAUGACCUGUACGAUCAAUAUUCCCGCGUCGAUGAACAAGUUCUCUACACCCCCCUUGUGUCCCCCGCCAUGACCCCCUUGGAAGCACAGCUUCGCCUCCCCGAAUACACCGUGCCCGGCGAGUACUUCACGCCGCUCACCUCCCCGGCUCUGGAAGCCCAGAACGCCAAUUCUUCCAACCCUUACCCCUUCAACCCGGGACCCGUCUCUGAGAUGGGCUUCGUGCCGUCGCCCGCCGACAACUCAUUGCCCGGCUCCUCUACCCCGUCGUCCCCCGCCAUCGUCCGCCACAACCACCGCCACCGGCCCUCGACGACCACCAACAAGGGCUUCUCGACCCGAGCCAAGAAACAGCAAUCUCCGUCGGUGCGCCCGCGGACGCGGAAGACGUCUCUGCUCAAUAUCAACCCCGAUGAGAUCUUGAAUGGCCUUAGUCAAGACCCCUCGAAGUCCCGCCCGGUGGGCACGAGUAGCCUUCGGUACGGGAGCACCGAGAGCUCCGGUCAGGAUUCGGUCUCCCCAGAAUCACUUUCUGAACCCUUGAUGCCGCCGCCCGCACUGCCCCCGGCGCGAAGGUCCCCCGCAAUCGCCCCACAGAUGAGCCAGUCCCAAAACAACGAGCCGGCGACCCCGGCUAUGUUGAUGCGCCUUCAACGACAGCAGCAGCAACAGCAGCAGCAGCAGCAGCAGAGCCCGGCGACCAAUAUCCCGGCGCCGUCUGUGUCGUCGGCUUCCUAUGACGACAUCAUGGAAGACAUCACCCUUCCCGAGGCGGCCAAUCCCACCUCCUAUCUGGCGCGACCUGAAGUCCCCCGUAUCGACACUGCCGUGCGAACCACUGUCCCGUCCCCGGCCUCGGGGGUCAAGAUUACGCCAAACCUGGAGCCCAACUCCGCCCCCGACCGACCCCCGGGUUCAGUAGCGCUCAGUCCGCGAUCCAUCGCCAUGCCGUCCCCCAGCGGUCCGGUCGGCAAGAAGUCAGACACUCCCAAAUUGGGACCCAUGGCCCGGAAACGUCAGAGCCUGAGCUCGUCGCAACCAAGCCCCAAUCUGCGUCCCAAAAUCAGCCCCAGCAUCAAACCCAUGGUGCGUGGUGAUGGAGUGUCGAGUGAGUCCUCGGCUUUAUAUUUAGCCUCCAAAUCCAAUUACCAGCAUAUUCUGGACGGCACGCUCCUUCCCGGCGUCUCUUACCCGGAAACCCUCGCCGAAAAUUUGAGCUCCAAACGGACGAAUCACAAGCUCGCGGAGCAGGGCCGACGAAAUCGUAUCAAUACGGCGCUCAAGGAGAUUGAAACCUUGAUUCCAUCUGCCUUUGUUCAAAUGAAAAAUGCCAAGGAAGCCGCAGCCUGCAACGUCAAAGUCAGCGAGAAGGAGAAGGAGAAGAAUGCCAACGCGCAGAUCAGCAAGGCCAGCACGGUGGAGAUGGCCAUCGACUACAUCAAGGCUUUGCAACAGGAGCUCGGUGAAACCAAAGGGAAACUCGUCGCUGCGGAGUCUCGUCUAAGUGAAAGCACGGGAAACGUCCAGUCCCACAAGGAGGGUGUCACCACCCCAGAAAGCGGGCAAGCAAAGAGCAGCACCGAGGCCGAAGACGCCAAUGCUAGUCCGAGCGUCUAGGAGACCGAGUCAAAGCAUCGGCCGGUCUAUCUAGAUACUCAUCUCUUUUCUGUCUUUUUUGCUUUUUCUUCGUGCCGCGUU